AUGUCUUUUCUGAGAGCUCCGGGCGGCCGUUCCCUCCGACGGAAGCCAACAAAACCGGGAAAGAAGACGCAGCCGAGACAGCAAUGGGAUAGUACCGUUCAAGAUCUCUCUGUACAUCGAGCAACCCCUGAAGAGCUGGUCCACCGGCAUGAGAUACACAAAUCCAAAAACCAGUGGCUGGCCCACUGGGAACUCCAAAACAAACCCCUGAAGAAAAAGCACAACCUAAGUAGCGGUGGUCCCGACCCCUUGGCAGAGAGACGUUAUGACAUCGCAAGAAAGAUCCUCUGUGAGCAGUAUUCCCUAAAGGAUAUCCUGGAGGAUUCGGACAGAGCGCUGGCCGUUGUGAAGGAUCUGUUUGGAGACGCUCCUCGUAGACGCUCGGGGUUCCCUGAUGUGACCCUGGCGCCUUCUUGUGAUCUGGAAACCUCCCGGGGUCCCAUAGUUCAGAAGAAGGAUCCACCGACACGUCUCUCUAUUCUAAGUCAGUCAACGAUGGACCCACAGGCUCUGAAUGAGGUGGAAAAGUCAUUUAGCUUUUUGGUGCAAAGUGAUGAAGAACAAGAAGCAGCCGAAAGCUUUUACCCUCGAGUGCGUGCCAGGAGAGCUGGCCGUGUUUUGAAUGAAGAGGAGAAUCCGGACCUGGAGUUUGUUACCCCAGCUAAAGCUGAUCCUCUUCCCCCGGGUCAGACAGCAUUAAAUGCCACCGCAGCAGUGAAAAGAGUAAAAACACGUCUUGGAGAGGAAGAACAAGAGGCGGGCGACUCGCGCUCCAUGACUGGCCAAGUUCUCAACCCGCAGCCGAAGGCAAGCAAGAAACAGAGUGCCAAAGGAAAGAAGAAAAACCCUUUAGACGUGAAUUCUUCAGAUAAUAGCGAGCGCUUUGUGUCCGGGACCCCUGCGCCCCCCAGGCACAGUCCCUCCAAUCUAGAAAUCUUGAACCACUUGACCCAGGAAGUAGAACACGAGCUGGAGGAGUAUGAGAAGCUGACGGGGCGUGCAAUUACCCCCACACAGGAACCCCAAGGGUUAACGGGAUUCACCAUGUCUCUUGUGAACUCCUUAAGGCGAGUGGUGACUUACCUGAAAGAGAGUGAUAUUCAGCUGCGUCAGGAGGUCCUGGAGAGGCGAGCCAUGCAGAGAGAGCUGAAGGAACAGAGGGCACUGAUCGACGCGCUGACCGCUGAAAUUCUCAUGCUCAAGAGAGGGGACGCAGACAGUGAAACUGACCUCCAGCCCAACUUUACAGAAACGGAAGACCCCCUGUCUGUACCCGCCAAGGCCAUAAAAAACCACCCUGUGCGGGACUCAGAUUCAGAAAGCGUGCACGCCAGGAGCUUACACCGGGGGUCUGGCAUGAAAGCUGCGGAGUUCCCGGGAAGUGCCCAUGAGCCCAUCUGCCACGCGUAUGUUUCCCCAGAAAAGCCAGGACACGAGGCGUCUCUCCCUGCGCAUGUUUUCCAGCCGGCUGUCAUGUUAUCGCCUCCCAGGCAGCAGUCCCGUCAGGAAUUCAUGAACCAGUCGGCAUUAUUUCAGAAGAUGACCCAAGCCGUUCCAUCAUCGCAAACAAAUAUGUCGGCUUCCAGCAGCUCUGAACAAGACAACCCCGAAAGCCAUCGUUUAACGUCUGUGAAACGCCUCAGUCCUCCUUGUAGAGACAUCCAGAGACUGAGAACAGGGGAAGCGUCGGGGCAGACCGCCGGUAUGUGGCAGACAAGCCGUGCACCGCAAAAGAUGGAUCCACUAAAUGGUGCGAGCCCGGGCCAGGCUCGUGUUCUGCCGCAGCCACUGUCUCCUUCCCAGGCAGAUCCCCCAAGGCUCCUCCAACCUGCUCACCGGGAGGUCCAAGUCCGUAAUCCUGUAACUGAAGGCGAUGGGGGCCGGGGUGUCAGCCCCCAGGACAUAGAGUCCCGUAUGGCUCAGCUGGCACAGGAGAACUCGGCCCUCAAAUCCUAUCUAAGACAAAUCAACCGCUCCACAGAAACCCUCCAUCCUCAGGCGGGACACGAGGACAACUCCAGAGAACCCCAGCGACCAAGGGAUACAAAGAUCUUGCAGGGCAGCGAGGCCGACUCUGCUCCAGUGAGCCUGGAGAUGAGAAUCGCUGAACUCAACCGGCAGAGUGCAGAGGCGCGGGAAAAGCUGCUCGGCCUCAUCGAGCGACAAAAGCAAAGCUCUGUAGUCUCCCCAGCAAUCUCUCCGAUCACCCCGCAGAGCGAUGCAGGAAGUGGAGGAAGGAAAUUAGAGGUUCCCGUUCCAAUGCUUCACCUGAACGAGUCCCCCCUGUCCGAGACGCCGUCUCCUGCCGGCAGCGUUAGCAGGAGGAGCUUGUCUGACAGGACUGCCCGGACUCUAAAUACUUCGGGAGGAGGGAGACCUCAGACGUUUGGGCAGAGGACAAAGGCUGGACGAGAGAAAGAUGAAGGCUGGUUUGCGCUGUCCGCGCAUGUUUCCUAACGUCUGACGUGUUGCUGGACCCGUGUGCCGUCACGCUUGCUCUCCUUGUAUAUAGAUAUUUAACUCGAGCUGUAACAGCUUUUUAUUUAUCGCUUUCUUAAUAAAAAUAUUUCAUAACAUUG